UGGGAUUACAGGCUUAUGUCACCACAAAGAGCUGGUGCAGUUCUUGCGUCUCCUGCUCCGACAACAUCACCUCUCCAAGGAUAUGGCUUCAAGCCUCCACCUCGGCCGGACUUCGGCACUUCCGGGAGAACAAUCAAACUACAGGCCAAUUUCUUUGAAAUGGACAUCCCCAAAAUUGACAUCUAUCACUAUGAACUGGACAUCAAACCAGAGAAAUGCCCAAGAAGAGUGAACAGGGAAAUAGUGGAACACAUGGUUCAGCACUUCAAGACCCAGAUCUUCGGGGACCGGAAGCCAGUGUUUGAUGGAAGGAAGAACUUGUACACCGCCAUGCCCCUUCCAAUCGGCAGGGACAAGGUGGAACUAGAGGUCACGCUGCCAGGAGAAGGCAAAGAUCGUAUCUUCAAGGUAUCCAUCAAGUGGGUGUCGUGCGUGAGCUUGCAGGCGUUACACGAUGCACUUUCGGGGCGGCUCUCCAGCGUCCCCUUUGAGACGAUCCAGGCCCUGGACGUUGUCAUGAGGCACUUGCCAUCCAUGAGGUACACCCCCGUUGGCCGUUCCUUCUUCACUGCGUCUGAAGGCUGUUCCAACCCCCUGGGCGGGGGCCGGGAAGUGUGGUUUGGCUUCCAUCAGUCCGUCCGACCUUCUCUUUGGAAAAUGAUGCUGAAUAUUGAUGUGUCAGCAACUGCAUUUUACAAGGCACAGCCGGUGAUCGAGUUUGUUUGUGAAGUUUUGGAUUUUAAAAGUAUUGAAGAACAACAAAAACCUCUGACAGAUUCCCAAAGGGUAAAGUUUACCAAAGAAAUAAAAGGUCUAAAGGUGGAGAUAACGCACUGUGGUCAGAUGAAGAGGAAGUACCGUGUCUGCAAUGUGACCCGCCGGCCUGCCAGUCACCAAACGUUCCCACUGCAGCAGGAGAGUGGACAGACGGUGGAGUGUACAGUGGCCCAGUACUUCAAGGACAGACAUAAGCUGGUUCUGCGCUACCCCCACCUCCCGUGUUUACAAGUUGGACAGGAGCAGAAACACACCUACCUUCCUCUGGAGGUCUGUAACAUAGUGGCUGGACAGAGAUGUAUUAAAAAAUUAACCGACAAUCAGACCUCAACCAUGAUCAGAGCAACUGCCAGGUCUGCACCUGAUCGGCAAGAGGAGAUCAGCAAAUUGAUGCGAAGUGCAAGUUUCAAUACAGACCCCUAUGUUCGUGAAUUUGGAAUCAUGGUCAAAGAUGAGAUGACAGAUGUGACAGGGCGUGUUCUGCAGCCGCCCUCCAUCCUCUAUGGGGGCAGGAACAAGGCGAUCGCCACCCCUGUCCAAGGUGUGUGGGACAUGAGAAACAAGCAGUUCCACACAGGCAUCGAGAUCAAGGUGUGGGCCAUCGCCUGCUUUGCACCCCAGCGCCAGUGCACAGAAGUUCAUCUGAAGUCCUUCACAGAGCAACUGAGGAAGAUCUCGAGAGAUGCCGGGAUGCCUAUCCAGGGUCAGCCCUGCUUCUGUAAAUAUGCGCAAGGGGCAGACAGUGUGGAGCCUAUGUUCCGGCACCUGAAGAAUACAUACGCUGGCCUGCAGCUGGUGGUGGUCAUCCUGCCUGGCAAAACUCCUGUGUAUGCUGAAGUCAAGCGUGUGGGAGACACAGUGCUGGGGAUGGCCACACAAUGCGUACAGAUGAAGAAUGUGCAGAGGACCACGCCACAGACCCUGUCCAAUCUCUGCUUAAAAAUCAAUGUCAAACUGGGAGGCGUCAACAACAUCCUGCUGCCACAGGGCAGGCCUCCAGUGUUCCAGCAGCCUGUCAUCUUCCUGGGAGCCGAUGUCACCCACCCACCAGCUGGGGAUGGGAAGAAGCCUUCGAUUGCUGCAGUUGUGGGCAGCAUGGACGCACACCCCAACCGCUACUGCGCCACCGUGCGCGUACAGCAGCACCGACAGGAGAUCAUCCAGGACCUGGCCGCCAUGGUUCGGGAGCUGCUCAUUCAGUUCUACAAAUCAACACGCUUCAAGCCCACCCGCAUCAUCUUCUACAGAGAUGGCGUUUCUGAGGGCCAGUUCCAGCAGGUCCUCCAUCAUGAGCUGCUGGCCAUCCGAGAGGCCUGUAUCAAGCUGGAGAAGGACUAUCAGCCAGGGAUCACAUUCAUCGUAGUGCAGAAGCGCCACCAUACACGCCUCUUCUGUACAGACAAGAAUGAGCGGGUUGGGAAGAGUGGGAACAUUCCAGCAGGUACAACCGUAGACACGAAAAUCACUCAUCCAACUGAGUUUGACUUCUACCUGUGCAGUCAUGCCGGCAUCCAGGGGACAAGCCGUCCUUCUCACUACCACGUGCUUUGGGAUGACAAUCGCUUCUCUUCUGAUGAGCUGCAGAUUCUGACCUACCAGCUGUGUCACACCUAUGUGCGCUGCACGCGCUCUGUGUCCAUACCUGCCCCAGCCUACUAUGCUCACCUGGUGGCCUUCCGCGCCAGGUACCAUCUGGUGGAUAAAGAGCAUGACAGUGCUGAAGGAAGCCAUACCUCUGGGCAGAGCAAUGGGCGAGAUCACCAAGCACUGGCCAAAGCGGUCCAGGUCCACCAGGACACACUGCGCACCAUGUACUUUGCUUGACAUGUUGUAGUGUUUAGCGAUUGUGUAUCAAGUUGGAUUCACACGAGACCAGCUACACUCAGACCAACAGAUGCCCAGCCCUUCUGUGACAGCCAGCAUCGAACAUGAGAUGUCUUUGGUUUUAUUAGAUCCUCCAUUUUCCAGAAUGCCUUCCGUCCCAGAUUUCAAACUUGGAUUUUGAGCUGCAGGCCUGUAUGAGACCCCAUUGUAGGAAUCGUGGUUUGCCAAAACUUAUAAGCUGCUCACUGAAAGAGUCCCCUGUUUCCUAAAAACAAAACAACAACAAAAUGUCCUAAAGCAAGUCUAUGAACUCUCAGGGCUUUAAAACAUUUUUAAUUUAUUUGGUCAUUCAAUUUACUCAUUUUUAACACCUGAUUCUCAAUGAAAUCGAUGGGCUGUGACGGCUCUGAGCAUGAGAGCAACACAACACCAUCGCCACUGGGGUUUUAAAGCCUGACCCUAAGAAGUUGUCACUAAUGUUCAGUUCUAAGGGAUGCCACGUGCUCUGCAGCCCCAGGGCAAAUGGCUGCUAGGUAUCCAUGGUGUCUCUCACCUGCCACUGCCUGCCCUUGAGGCCAAAUGAAGGCAUAGUGGCAGCAGAGAGGAUGGUCACGUGUGUUUACAGCAGUGACAGGUCCGAGAGAUUGGCAGAUAAGUGCCAUUUUGAUAAAAAUUUAUUUAAAAGAGAGAAAAAAAGACAAUAUACUGACAGUCUAAUCAUAAGAUUUGUCCUGUAGGACUGUGACAUUUAUUUUCCAAAGUUUCUAAAGAAUACGGGUCUGUGGUGAUAAAUACAGUACAAUCCUUUUUCACUGUUAUGUCUUUAAUGUAAGAGAAGAAUAUAUAUAUCUGGUUUGCAGUAUUAAUGUGGUAGGUAGAUGCUGUUUUCCUUUUGUUGACUAUGGGGUGCUCCUCGUGACCUGUUUCACAUAUCAGGAGCUGUUUGGAGCCUGGAGACAGGCCACCUCUUGUGGCUUUUAGUGUUUAAGUAGCAGAAUAUGCAACUGGCUUCACAUGACAGCGAUGCACCCCCCCCCCCUUCCCCAGUGUGAACUGUGUAGCCUGUACCUCUGGGAAGGACAGUGUGCUUGCCAGUAAUUUACCGUCCUUCCCUGCCUCAUCCAUGUGUGUCACUCAGCCAAUGAAGCACAAAUGGAAUUUAUUUAUUCUUCCAUUGCUGGGAAACAAGCUCUCUCGUGUUAAGAGUGCACCUCUUUCGGUGUGCAGUUUUGGAAGGUGGCUUUCAUAGGAUCUAUGCACUGACUCGAGAGAGAUCCGCCGGUGGUGGCUCUGCUGGCACAGAACUGACAGGUAGGAAUGGGGCAUGCCCGAGGAACUGAUGGUGGGCAAGGCCAGCAGGGAAGGCACAGAAUACUCUGGGUGGUAUCUGCUUCUGGGCCUCAACCCAGCUUUGCCAACCUAGAGAUCACUGAACUGAGAGGGACACUAUGAGAAGAAGUUCUGUAGGUGGCAGCAGCCACUUCAGUGUGUGUGUCCAGUGGGGUUUUUUUGUGCUUGUACUGACGCUGAGUGAGAAUCAGGUCCCUGUCCCACAUAAAACUUCCUAGAAGGAGACGCGCCUCCGCUUCUGUGCUGCUUUGUGCCCUGUGGGUUUUUCUCUGCCCCUGCUGAUGGUCCUUACCCCCCAGUUCUGCGUCAUUUACCUCUGACCCUGCGGUGGGGGAGGUGCCCACCCCUGCCCCCCACUGUGGCUGGCACCUCAUGCUAGAGGACACAGUGCCACCCCUGCCCCAUCAGCCACCUGCUGGGUGGGAGGGGCAGACGCAGUGACCUGGGAUGUCAUACCCUCAGCGGGCUGUGUAUCUGUGUGUGCAUGUGGGUGUCUUAAUAAUGACAUUAGUCUCUUCUUGCUGUGUCUUUAAAAUUCUUGUAAAGUGACAAACCUCUAGUCUAAGAAGCACUGGGGCAUUCUGCUAUCCCAUUGGCAAGUGGCACUUUCUCAAACUGUUUCCAAAAGGAUAUAAAAACACUUAGCUCACCAAGCAUGGUCAGGCUGAAAAACUCAUUCAGCUGGUAAACCUUUAGAAUCUGAAAUUAGAUUGUUUUUAGCUAUUCUUGAAACCAUAUGUCUCAAAGGUCUGUCUUUAGCCCCUUGCCAUGGGAUCUCAGGCAUGCAAGUAAGUGUGUUAGAAUAUAGAUUCUCAGGCCCGCUGCCAGCCUCUUGGAUCUGGCACUUGCAGCCAGCUGAGUGUCUGUGUUUUAGGCCACCCCCAUCCCCACCCCCAUGGCUGUGGAGGCUUUCUGAAGCAGUCCCCCAUGUCGCCAAGGGAGCAGGAAGGAACCCUGUCAGAGCUCACACCUAGGAGCACUUGUGGGCUAGGGGAGAUAAUAUGAGCUGGGAGUUUUGUUGGGUUUUUUUUUGUUUGUUUGUUUGUUUUAGUCAUCUUAAAGGAUAAGUUUUCUUUUUGAUGGGCUAAAGGACUUUAGCUGUGGCCUGUGCUUAUUUGUGACACUUUGAAUAUGAAAAUUGUCCCCAGACCAAAUGUCCUUGAUUGAAUUCAGAUGCAUAUUGUCCACACAGCCGAUGGUAGUUUAUAAAUGGCUGGAGUUCCAAUUUCUCAGGUAAAUAACUGUUUCCCCCAAUUUUUGCCCUCCCCUUAUUAUUAGCAUAGGUUCUGAGACAGUGUGAGCCCUCAGAGUUCUGUGGGCACUGGCUCUCAGACUACACCUGCACCGACAACUGGCCCUCAGGUGUCUCCUGAGGGGAUACCUGGCUAAGGUUGAGGACUGCCCACUUGCUAGCUGUAUUCCCAGCCCCACUGUUAAGUAAGGUGUGCCUUGCUUUAAAGCAAACUGAAUGUGAUUAUGUAUCCAUUUGGAAGGGAAACUAGGAUGUGCCUGUCUCUUUAAGAGAGGCUACCCAAUCAGACUCUCAUGCUGGGACUCUUUCUAGAAUGUUGUAAGAUACACACUUUUCAAAAACCAGUCAUGACUAUCCCCUUACCACUGUGUACACCAUGCAAAAGCCUCUCCCCAUGCUGAUGAAGUAAUUCAAAACUCUAGGGAGGCCUUGAGGCCCCGGUCUGUAGAUGAGCCCUUAGUACUACUAGCAAAACUCCAUGCUGUCACUGUGUGUUGCAAGCCCAGAUUGUCCUAGUCCCCAUCAACCAACCGUAAGCUGAGCACAUCUGUGCUUCUAGAAGGGGGCUGUCUGGGGAAGUCCUCACAUGCACACUUGAUACUACUUGGUCCAUUGUGUUUUCUCCAGAUUUGGCCUCUUCUCACUCCUCAUACCCACUUGCUUACUGGCCUCCAGCCCACAGGGCACUGCCAGUAGGGAGGCCGCUAGUGCCAUGCUGUCCUCAGCUGGCCCAACACCUGUUUUCCUGAUGUUUACCUGUUACUGAGCGCUCGAUAGAAAGACAGCCCCUGCAAUGGGGUUGGGCAGGGUUUUUUUUUUUGUUGUUGUUGUUGUUGUAUGUUAUUUUAUUGUUUUUAAAUGCAAAUGUUGCUAUUUAUUUUUUCUCUCCUGCUCUAAUUUGAUUCAGUUGAAUUGGCUAUCCCAAUGCGUGUGGUACCUGAUGGAUAUGAUAGAGAUUAUUUUCCCCAAGUGUUAUAACUGACCCAGUGUUUACCUUCAGGCUUGUGGAUGCUUUAUUUUUGAAGCCACAGAUGUAGUUUUUCUGGAUGAAUUGUUUUUCUUAUAGAUGGCAGCGGUAUGCUUUUGCAUUGAUCUGCAGGGUGAUUUGAAUUUUAUUUUUACAAGCAGUUUUUCAAUCAAAUUCUAUAUUUGAUACAAUGUGUUAAGGGUAGACCAGCCUCAAGUCAUGCAGUUGGGACCCCUGAGUGUCCAGGAGGCCUUAGGGCUAGGUGGCAUCUCUUGGUAGUCCCUGUGGUGGUAGCACUGGCUGGUCACAGCCCUUCAGCAUGGCCCUGUCCUCUUGGAUUGUUACAAGGAUUUUUCAUGGGCAUUUUGCUACACAGGCAGUGGACAAUCCCAGUGGCCCCAGACAAGCCAUAAGCAACCUUUCUGUGACCUCUCCCUUUCACACCCAUGAAGAAAAGAAUGUGCCCUGAGUAGACAUUACACUCCCUUGGUGUUCCUAUGCCUCAUUUGUGAAUGCAAACAUUUUGUUUAUGUUCUAAGCCCUUCCCCAAAGUAACCAUGCUGGCUGGCUCACCCUGGGCAGUGCACAUGUAGCUCUGUCAUGGGUGCCCUGUGGCAGGCGUGCUGACCCUGUAAAUUGCACUGAUCUUGUGACAGUUUUCUUUAUCGCAUCCAGCAAUGAAUCUGCUGUACUCAUUUAAGUGAUUGUAAACAGACUCAUAGUGACAGGAGUGAUGUGGACGUGCAACAUUGCCUUGCUUCUAUGAUCCCAACACACAUUUCAGUAUUAUAUGCUAGAGUGUGCAGACUGGACUCUGUUCCCUCAAGCAUUGUGGACUAGCCUUGUCUUGCUUCCCGACAAGAAGUUCUCCACCUCUGAACAGCAUGACCUUUGAGACCUGAAGAGAAGGCUUGAAUGUAAAUGUAUUAGUUAGGAGUCUUUGUGGCACCUUUGGUCUGUUUAAUUUUCUUGUGAUCUGCCAGGCCCCUAAAAGUAUGUCAUUCUGGUUCCAUGUGGCCUUUGUCAACUUGGAUGGCAUCUGAAUGGCCCAGCUAGUGUUAACAGGCCAUCACUGCAUUUCUUUGACCAGCCCUCAACUUAAAGCUGUGAGGUCACUGCUGUGUCAGACUGUUGAUGGUACAUCCAUGGAUGGCAGGGGUACCUGAAACCCAGUGCAGCCCCUCAUGCCUUGUGACCCUGCUGGGUUCUAAGUCCAUGCUCUGUUCAGUCCCACACAAACUGUCUGUGGUCAGGGUACCCAGUGUCUGAAACAAAGGGAGCUUUUACACUCAAACCGCCUCAUGUGUGUCUGUGUGUGUGUGUGUGUGUGUGUGUGUGUGUGUGUUGUCAGUGCCAUUACAGUGCCCCCAUUUUGUGUCUUUGGAUUUGUUCUGCCAUUUUAUUGUCUCUCAAGUUGAAUGUAUCGGCUUAGCCAAAUCACUACAGGAGGUGGUUUCUAAAAACCUUUCAGACAGAUGCAUAAAAGCUACCUCUGACUUCUCAUUGGUUUGUGUUUGCUCUGAAGCCUCGAUAUCCACACUGAAUAUAGCCAAAAUAUCACCUGAAUAAACUGAGUUGUGAACUCUGUUCAGUUCUGGCUUGAAAAUGAGUGUGCCAUACUGUGAUCUGGGGCAGCCUUCUCUGCUGUCAAUGACUAGGGGCUCCUCAGCACUGCCCUGCUAGGAGACUCUAACACCUGAGAGGCUGGCAGAAGGACUUCUUUGCAUAGGGAACAUGCACCCUGCAGGGCCACAUGUGGCUGAGCCUGGAGACAGCCCUGUUGCUGCCUGUUUCUGCUUUCCUAUUAAAUGUAAGAAGUCAUCUUUUCCCUUGCUUGCUUACAGAUGUGUUGAAAGUGGCUUCCUGCUCUUCCCUCCCUUUUUGUACACUAUCAACUCAUAAAGGUGCUUCAUCACUGACUCUCAUGCAAAUAAUGUAUUUAAAGCAGAUGCAAGGAUUUGGAUGGUGCAAGCAUAGCCAACCUUUGAUCUUGGGACCCUGUGUGAAAGUGAAGGACUGAAAGCACCCCAGGCCCUCUAUUUGGAAGGAGUAAUGGGUUCUGUUGAGUACAAGUCUCCACUAGUAUUGGCAGUGCAGGUCUGACUUACAGGUUUGUCAUGGGGACCCACCACCUCUAACCAGCUCUCCUGUGGUUGUCCACUUUGCUAUCAUCCUCUUACAUCAUGGCUCUGCCUGCAUCCCUUUGGCCUCUCUCUCUUCUUAAUUUUGGAAAUUAAUUUGGGGCUAAUUUUGGAAAGUCAGCACAAGCUCCCAGAUUCCUCCACUGGUUGGCUUAGGAAAUCUUGAGGACAGUUUUACAGUGUCAUGAAGGCAGGUGUAGAGGAGUGAAGGAGGGCUCUGCGAGCUCCUCCCAUCUAGUUCUAAUACAUUGUAGAGGGUGUUUGUCAUCUCAUAUACUUUUGACCUGCACAGCUCACUACCCUUAGAAGUCCUCACAUGUUUCUAUGUGGAGAAGCAGAGGCAUGGCAUGUGGGUAUUUGUGGCACCCCAGGUUAUUUGGGUCCUCUGACUUGGCUGAGGGUUUGGUGAGAAUGCAGGGUGAUGCAGAGGUAUGAGCCACAGCCCUCAGAGGACACCGGCACAGAGGCAGCCUUCCCUCUCGUGACUUUUGUGAGGGUAACCAAACAAUCCAAAGCCCUGGCCACUGCAGACUUUAGCUAAAACUUUUUUUUUUUUUUUUUUCCCCGAGACAGGGCUUCUCUGAGUAGCUUUUUUGAGCCUAUCCUGGCACUCGCUCUAGAGACCAGGUUGGCCUCACAGAGAUCCACCUGUCUCUGCCUCCCGAGUGCUGGGAUUAAAGGUGUGCACCACCAAAGCCUGGCCUUUUUUUUUAAACUGGUUGCCAUGAGAAUGCUGGCUAUGUAAAGCCUUCCAUUACCCUGGUGGUUCUCGUUCUUCUAUUCCUGGGGGCUAAAUGGCUGAAGGAGCUCCAGUUUUGUUUAGAGCUGGCUUUAUUUGAGUUCAUUUAAAGCUAAGGCAUCAGACAGUACCUUCUUCCCUGCGGGUGUCACCAGGAAGUAGGUGUGGGGACAAGCUCCUUAACAUCUGAGGUCACAUGAACACCUACACCAGCCAUCAGCAGAGAGACAUACACAUGUGGGGACAGAAGUUCUUGGGAAAUCUACAAGUUGUAAUGGCCACUAAAGGUUGGGACAGGGCAGGCCCUCCAACCUGUAUAGCAAGCAGGUGGCCCUAGCCCUCCUCCAGGCAACUGGCUGUACUGGCUAGAUACUGAGUCCCAACCUUGCCCCUUUAAAGUCCGUACCUCAGUGUCCUUUCAGAGUCAUGCUGGUACUAGUCUUUUGUUGACCCUACCUAGGAAGUUUGUCGGCCCUUGGCUCCUUCUUGCAAACUGUGAUGCCACUCUACAGCCACAGAGAUACCCUCAGUCAGUCCCAUCCGGGGUUCUUUUGCCCGGACAUGCAGGCUCACCUGGCUCACCUCUGCUGGGUUUGAGGAGUCAGGUGCAAGACCAUUGGUUAGGUGUUGACUGGCAGAAGCUGCUGGUCUUGUGUUCUUGGCGCCUCAUCAAAACUGUCUGUCGUAGUGGAACUAGGUGUAGAGGGAAUGAGAAUCAUGUCCAAAGUGUCUUCUGGACACCCUUGAGUGUGGGGGAGAUUAAGACCGGGCGAGGAGUCACUGGGGAACUUCUCAAUUCAUUUUUGGUUCUUUUUCAAUUAUUUUAUAAAAAUAAAACAACUGGAAAAAUUGAUAGAAACCCCUCAAUACAUGUUAGGCAGGUAAUCGGAAGUAUAUGGGAGGUCUGGAUUCAGGGCUACAUUCUCUUCCUGUAUUUAUGAGGCAGUAGCCACUUUGUUGCACAGAAACUUAGAAUUAUUCUCUUACAACUCUUUUUAUUUUCUGUUAAAUAAAAACUCAUUUGCCCCUACAGUUAUAAAACAUGAAUUUAUAAAUUUUAACAGCCACACUGAAAUCCUUCUCAAACACGGGACUCAAAUUUCAAUUUUAGGACUCAGUUUCAAUGUGUUUUUAUCUAACAACAACAACAACAACAAAAGAGUUGUAAGAGAAUAAUUCUACGUUUCUGUGCAAUGAAGUGGCUACUGAAGAGAAUGUAGCCCUGAGUCUAGACCUCCUAUACUAUAUAUCCCAUAUGCUUCAGGUUACCUGCCUAAUAUGUAUUGAGGGGUUUUAACCCUUGGUUUUAUCAAUUUUCCUAGUUUUGUUUUAUUUUUUAUAAAGUAAUUGAAAAAGAACCAAAAAUGAAUUCAGAAGUUCCCCAGUGGCUUCUUGUCCAGUCUUAAUUCCUCCUCACCACACACACACUCAAGCAUAUGUAGAAGACAUUUUGAAUCAAAAUGUAUUACAUCCAUUUAACAUUUGCUACUUUCUGAGAGGUGGAGUGACUGGCUCCAAGGGCCUGUUUCAGGUGGUACUCUGUAUGUCAUGGACAUGUUUGUACCUGUACAGUGGAUCUGUGUGACGUCUUGUGCUUGCGGUUUAGAAACCACGCAGUGCUGUUUGUAAAUUGACAGUUUCUGUGUAAACUAUUAUUUAUAACCCUUGGCCCCUCUGUAUAAUUUUUCAUAUGCUACAUGGAUUGUAUAAUUAAUUGUAAAAUUAUAGUACCUGCUAAACCCAA